GCCCUGAGCGCCUCGCCACCUCGCCUCACUUCACCCCUCCGCGCCCCACCCUCGCCGCCCGGCCGGACCUUGCCCCCCGGCCUCGCAAUGCAAGAACUCGAAUCCCCGCCCCUUCCCCCGGCCGGAACGCGGCCAAGGAAGCCGUCCUCGGACCGACAGACAGACCAACAGACGGACGGCGCCCGAUGGCCGGGCAAGGCGAGCCCUGCGCGGGCCCGGGGGUCUGGAACCAGACGGAGUCCGAGCCUGCCACUGCCCGCUUGCUGAGCCUGUGCUUCCUGAAAACAGCAGGGGUCUGGAUGCCCCCCAUGUACCUCUGGGUCCUUGGCCCCAUCCACCUCCUCUACAUCCACCGCCAUGACAAGGGCUACAUCCAAAUGUCCCGCCUCUUCAAGGCCAAGAUGGUACUUGGGUUCACCCUCAUAAUCCUGUGUACCUCCAGCGUGUCUGUGACUCUUUGGAGAAUCCAGCAGGGAACGCCCCAGGCCCUCGAGUUCCUCAUACACCCCACGGUGUGGCUCACCACAAUGAGCUUCGCCGUGUUCCUGAUCCAUGCCGAGAGAAAGAAGGGCGUCCAGGCGUCGGGGGUGCUCUUCGGGUACUGGCUACUCUGCUUUCUCUUCCCAGCCACCAGCGCCGCCCAGCAGGCCUCGCAAGGGGAUUUCCAGAGCGACCCUUUCCGCCACCUGUCACCCUACCUGUACUUGUCUCUGGUGAUGGCGCAGUUUGCAGUGUCUUGCCUCGCUGAUCAACCCCCGCUUUUCCCGAAAAGGCCCCCACAGGCUAAUCCAUGUCCUAAGGCUGGGGCCUCCUUCCCCUCCAAGGCCAUGUUCUGGUGGGUUUCUGGGUUGGUCUGGAAGGGCUACAGGAGGCCACUGGGGCCAAAAGACCUCUGGUCACUUGGGAGCGAAAAUUCCUCUGAAGAACUGGUUUCCCAGCUUGAAAAGGAAUGGACAAGGAACCGCAGCGCCACCCAGCGGCACACCAAGGCGACAGCAUUUAAAAGGAAAGGAAGCCAUAACAAGGAGGCCCCAGAGAUGGAGACCCUCUUGCUGAAACAGCGGGGGCAGAGGGGCCCGCUGCUGAGGGCCAUCUGGCAGGUGGGCCGCUCCGCCUUCCUCCUGGGGACCCUCAGCCUCAUCAUCAGUGAUGUCUUCCGGUUCACGGUGCCCAAGCUCCUCAGCCUCUUCCUGGAGUUUAUCGGGGACCCCAACUCCCCGGCCUGGAAAGGCUCCCUCCUCGCCGUGCUGAUGUUCCUCUCCGCCUGCCUGCAAACGCUGUUCGAGCAGCAGCACAUGUACAGACUCAAGGUGCUGCAGAUGAGGCUGCGAACGGCCGUCACUGGCCUGGUGUGCAGAAAGGUCCUGGCUCUGUCCAGCAGCUCCAGAAAGUCCAGUGCAGUGGGGGACGUGGUCAACCUGGUGUCUGUGGACGUGCAGCGGCUGACCGAGAGCGUCACCUACCUCAACGGGCUGUGGCUGCCGCUUAUCUGGAUCGUCGUGUGCUUUGUCUACCUCUGGCAGCUUCUAGGACCAUCUGCCCUCACCGCCAUUGCUGUCUUCGUGAGCCUCCUCCCUCUGAAUUUCUUCAUCACCAAGAAGAGGAACCACCAUCAGGAGGAGCAAAUGAGGCAGAAGGACUGUCGGGCGCGGCUCACCAGCUGCAUCCUCAGGAACGUGCGGACGGUCAAGUACCAUGGCUGGGAGGGAGCCUUUCUGGACAGAGUCCUGCACAUCCGGGCCCAGGAGCUGGGUGCCUUGAAGACCUCCAGCCUCCUCUUCUCCGUGUCUCUGGUGUCCUUCCAAGUGUCCACGUUUCUGGUGGCACUGGUUGUGUUUGCUGUGCAUACUCUGGUGGCCGAGGAGAAUGCCAUGGAUGCCGAGAAAGCCUUCGUGACCCUCACGGUUCUCAACAUCCUCAACAAGGCCCAGGCUUUCCUGCCCUUCUCCAUCCACUCCGUCGUCCAGGCCCGGGUGUCCUUUGACCGCCUAGCUGCCUUCCUGUCCCUGGAAGAAACUGACCCUGGGGCUGUGGACUGGAGUCCCUCCAGAUGCGCUGCUGGGGAGGACUGCAUCAGCAUACAGGAAGGCACCUUCACCUGGUCCCAGGAAAGCGCUCCCUGCCUGCACAGGAUCAACCUCACGGUGCCCCAGGGCUGCCUGCUUGCUGUCGUCGGUCCCGUGGGGGCAGGAAAGUCCUCUCUGCUGUCUGCCCUCCUCGGGGAGCUGUCCAAGGUGGAGGGGUCCGUGAGCAUCAAGGGUCCGGUGGCUUAUGUGCCCCAGGAGGCCUGGGUCCAGAACACGUCUGUGGUGGACAAUGUGUGCUUCGGGCAGGAGCUGGAUGCACCGUGGCUGGAGACGGUCCUGGAGGCCUGUGCCCUGUGGCCAGAUGUGGAUGGCUUCCCUGCAGGGGUCCACACCCGAACUGGGGAGCAGGGCAUGAAUCUCUCUGGGGGCCAGAAGCAGCGGCUGAGCCUGGCCCGGGCUGUCUACAGGAAAGCUGCUGUGUACCUGCUGGAUGACCCCUUGGCAGCUCUGGAUGCCCAUGUUGGCCAGCAUAUUUUCAACCGGGUUAUUGGGCCUGACGGGCUGCUCCAGGGGACGACUCGGAUUCUCGUCACCCACGCACUCCACGUCCUGCCCCAGGCUGAUUGGAUCGUGGUGCUAGAAGAUGGGGCCAUUGCAGAGAUGGGUUCCUUCCAGGAGCUGCUGCACAGGAAGGGGGCCCUGGUGGGCCUUCUGCAUGGAGCCAGACAGCCAGGAGAUGGAGGAGAAGGAGAUGAGAACGGAAGCCCGGAAGUUCAAGAACUGGUCCAUGUUGACCUGAUUCAAACAGAACGCCCGGCCGGUGCCAAAGACCCCAGAGGCUCUGCUGCAGGUGGGAGGCCUGAGGGCGGAUCAGAGAGGUUCGUGAAGUUAGUGCCUGAGAAGGACAGCGCUGCCUCAGAGGCCCAGACAGGGCUUCCCCUGGAUGAUCCUGAGGGGCCAGGACAGCCGAAGGGAAAGGACCGCACGCAGCAUGGCAGGGUGAAGGCUACCGUGUACCUGACCUACCUACGAGCGGUGGGCACCCCGCUCUGCCUCUACGCACUUUUCCUCUUCCUCUGCCAGCAAGUGGCCUCCUUCUGCCGUGGCUACUGGCUGAGCCUGUGGGCAGACGACCCCACCGUGGACGGGCAGCAGACUCACACGGCCCUGCGGGGCUGGGUCUUCGGGCUCCUGGGCUGUCUCCAAGCAAUCGGGCUGUUUGCCUCCAUGGCCACAGUGCUCCUCGGUGGGAUCCAGGCAUCAAGCCUGCUCUUCCGGGGGCUGCUGUGGGAUGUGGCCCGGUCUCCUAUUGGCUUCUUCGAGCGGACGCCCGUUGGGAACCUGCUGAACCGCUUCUCCAAGGAGACAGACACAGUAGAUGUGGACAUCCCAGACAAACUCCGGUCUCUACUGAUGUACGCCUUCGGACUCCUGGAGGUUGGGCUGGUGGUGACGGUGGCCACCCCACUGGCUGUUGUGGCCAUCCUGCCGCUGCUCCUCCUCUAUGCUGGGUUUCAGAGCCUAUACGUGGCCAGCUCGUGCCAGCUCAGACGCCUGGAGUCAGCCAGAUACUCGUAUGUGUGUUCUCACGUGGCCGAGACAUUCCAGGGCGGGCCAGUGGUCAGGGCCUUCCGGGUCCAGGGCCCCUUUGUGGCUCAGAAUGACGCCCACAUGGAUGAAACCCAGAGAGUCUGUUUCCCGCGGCUGGUGGCUGACAGGUGGCUCGCUGCCAACCUGGAGCUGGUGGGGAACGGGCUGGUGUUCGCAGCCGCCAUGUGCGCGGUGCUGAGCAAGGCCCACCUCAGCCCCGGCCUCGUGGGCUUCUCUGUCUCUGCCGCCCUCCAGGUGACCCAGACGCUGCAGUGGGCCGUUCGCAGCUGGACAGACCUGGAGAGCAGCAUUGUGUCGGUGGAGCGACUGAAGGACUAUGCCCAGACGCCCAAGGAGGCUCCCUGGAAGCUGCUUACCUGUGCAGCCCACCCACCCUGGCCUCGUAGGGGGCAGAUUGAGUUCCGGGAUUUUGGGCUGAGAUACCGACCCGAGCUCCCACUGGCCGUGCGGGGCGUGUCCUUCAGGAUCAAUGCAGGAGAGAAGGUGGGCAUUGUUGGCAGGACAGGGGCCGGAAAGUCCUCCCUGGCUGGGGGCCUGCUGCGGCUCGUGGAGGCAGCUGAGGGUGGGAUCUGGAUCGACGGGGUCCCCAUCGCCCAAGUGGGGCUGCACACGUUGCGGUCCAGGGUCACCAUCAUCCCCCAGGACCCCACCUUGUUCCCUGGCUCUCUGCGAAUGAACCUCGACAUGCUACAUGAGCACACGGAUGAAGCCAUCUGGGAGGUCUUGGAGACGGUGCAUCUCAGAGCCACGGUGGCCAGCCUGCCUGGCCAGCUGCACUACGAGUGUACUGACCAAGGCGACAACCUGAGCGUGGGCCAGAAGCAGCUCCUGUGUCUGGCACGUGCCCUUCUCCGGAAAACCCAGAUCCUCAUUCUGGACGAGGCCACGGCUGCUGUGGACCCAGGGACAGAGCGCCAGAUGCAGGCCGCCCUGGGGAGCUGGCUUGCGCAGUGCACAGUACUGCUCAUUGCCCACCGCCUGCACUCUGUGCUGGACUGUGCCAGGGUUCUGGUCAUGGACGAGGGGCAGGUGGCAGAGAGUGGCAGCCCGGCCCAGCUGCUGGCCCAGAAGGGCCUGUUUUACAGGCUGGCACAGGAGUCAGGCCUGGUCUGAGUGUGGCCCCUUGAUCCUCCUCUGGCCCCACCAACCUGGAGAUUCUGCCAAGCCCUGGAGACAUGCUGACCUGGGGUCAUCAAUGGCCCCAUGGACUUGAGUCUAGACUCCUUUCUACUCUCUGGAAGGAGAAAGUGCCAUAUCAUCCCAGAGCCAGGAGGAUGCAGCCACCCCAAAGUUGGCCUGAUCAGGGCCCAUCCAACCCCUUCUAUCCCAGAUCCAAAGUCAACAGCAGCUGGCUGCCCUGGCUGCCCCCUGAGCUCAACCAGGGACCCCCAAAUGUCUGUGCUCAGGCUCCACCACAGACCAAUGAAAUCAGAAUCCCUGGGGCUGGAGCAAUGGUGUGUGUACCUUUUACAGAGUACCCCUUCGAUUUUGAGAUGAUUGCAGAUUGACAAGCAGUUAAAGACAAAAUAGUCCAGAGAGCUCCUGUAUACCCCUUCCCCACUAGUAGUAACAUCUUUCAAGUAUAGCUGAUUGACAAUGUUGUGAUAAUUACUACUGUAUAGCAAAGUGAUGAUACAUAUAUUUUUUAAUAUUCUUUUCCAUUAUGAUUAUAGGAUAUUAAGUAUAGUUUCCUGUGCUAUAUAUACAUCAUGAAAGUCAUAAAAUACGACUAUUUUAACAAUA